ACUCAACCUGGAGUUUUCACUUCCUUCUUGGCAGAGCCGCAUCCGGGUCGUUGCUUUCUCUAUUGUCUCAGGCUGUCGGGCUUGGACUGACAAGUUUUGGGUCUUUUGUUGCUUCUGGUGCAGGCUAAUAAAGUUUUUCUUCCUUUUAUUUUUUCCUGCUAGUUUUAACUGGGCGAAGUGAAUCCCCAGGGCCGCUGGGGUGGCCUGGCUGCCUGGGCCGGUUGGCGCCUCUGGCCGGGGCGCCGUGGGAGGAGGCGCGGGGUGCCGGGGCCAGACGGAGGCUGAGGGCGGGGGCUGGAGUGACAGCGGGGCCCACAGGGCCCUCAGGGGCGCCCUGUGAGGUUGGCUGCGCCGCGGGUUUUAAAUAGCAUCUUUCGGACGUGGCGGCCCCAACCCCGACCUCGGCGCUCCAGGCUGCCAGGGCUCCCGCAGCUCCUCCCUAGGUCUCCUCAAACGACCACCUCACGGAUUCCUUAUGGACCGCAGCUCCAAGAGGAGGCAGGUGAAGCCCUUGGCAGCUUCUCUCCUAGAAGCUCUCGAUUAUGAUAGUUCAGAUGACAGUGAUUUUAAAGUUGGAGAUGCUUCAGAUUCUGAAGGGAGUGGUAAUGGAAGUGAAGAUCCUUCCAAGGACAGUGGUGAAGGUUCCUGUAGUGAUUCUGAAGAAAAUAUUUUGGAGGAAGAACUGAAUGAAGAUGUUAAAGUAAAAGAAGAACUUAAAAAUUCUGCAGAGGAAGAAAUACUGUCAUCUGACAAACAGUUAAUUAAAAUGGAAAAGAAAGAGGAAGAAGAAAAUGGAGAAAGACCUAGAAAAAAAAAGGAGAAAGAGAAGGAAAAAGAGAAAGAGAAAGAAAAAGAGAAAGAGAAGGAAAGAGAGAAGGAAAAAGAAAAAGCAACAGUGUCUGAUAAUGUGGCUAUUUCUGCCACUGUUACCACAUCAGCCACAAGCCCUCCUGCUGUUAACACAUCCCCAUCUGCCCCUACUACGACAACCACUACAGAGGAACAAGUCAGUGAGCCAAAAAAAUGGAAUCUUCGUCGAAACCGACCACUUUUGGAUUUUGUUUCCAUGGAAGAGCUGAAUGACAUGGACGAUUAUGACAGUGAAGAUGACAAUGAUUGGAGACCUACUGUAGUGAAGAGAAAAGGGAGAUCAGCAUCUCAGAAGGAGGGAAGUGAUGGAGACAAUGAAGAUGAUGAAGAUGAGGGAAGUGGGAGUGAUGAAGAUGAGAAUGAUGAAGGCAAUGAUGAAGACCAUAGCAGCCCUGCUAGUGAAGGGGGUUGCAAGAAGAAGAAGAGUAAAGUCCUUAGCAGAAACAGUGCUGAUGAUGAGGAAUUGACCAAUGAUAGCCUGACACUAUCUCAAAGCAAGAGUAAUGAGGACUCGCUGAUUCUUGAGAAGAGUCAAAACUGGAGUUCUCAGAAAAUGGAGCACAUUCUGAUCUGCUGUGUUUGUCUUGGGGAUAAUAGUGAGGAUGCUGAUGAGAUAAUACAGUGUGACAAUUGUGGUAUUACCGUCCAUGAAGGGUGUUACGGAGUUGAUGGAGAGAGUGACUCUAUUAUGAGUUCGGCUUCUGAAAACUCCACUGAACCUUGGUUUUGUGAUGCCUGUAAAUGUGGUGUUUCUCCCAGCUGUGAGCUGUGCCCUAAUCAAGAUGGAAUUUUCAAGGAGACAGAUGCUGGAAGAUGGGUUCACAUUGUUUGUGCGCUGUAUGUUCCUGGGGUGGCCUUUGGAGAUAUUGACAAAUUGAGACCAGUAACACUAACAGAAAUGAACUAUUCGAAAUAUGGUGCCAAGGAGUGUUCCUUUUGUGAAGACCCUCGCUUUGCUAGAACUGGAGUUUGCAUUAGUUGUGAUGCAGGGAUGUGCAGAGCUUAUUUUCAUGUGACCUGUGCCCAGAAGGAAGGUCUGCUUUCAGAGGCAGCAGCAGAAGAGGAUAUAGCAGAUCCAUUUUUUGCUUAUUGUAAGCAACAUGCAGAUAGGUUAGACAGAAAGUGGAAGAGAAAAAACUACUUGGCUCUACAAUCCUAUUGUAAAAUGUCUUUGCAAGAGAGAGAGAAGCAGCUAUCGCCAGAAGCACAGGCAAGGAUCAAUGCCCGGCUUCAGCAAUAUCGUGCCAAGGCAGAAUUGGCUCGAUCUACCAGACCUCAGGCCUGGGUUCCCAGGGAAAAACUGCCCAGACCACUCACUAGUAGUGCUUCAGCCAUUCGUAAACUGAUGCGGAAAGCAGAAUUAAUGGGGAUCAGUACAGAUAUCUUUCCAGUGGACAAUUCUGAUACUAGUUCUAGUGUGGAUGGAAGAAGAAAGCAUAAGCAGCCAGCGCUCACAGCUGAUUUUGUGAAUUAUUAUUUUGAGAGAAAUAUGCGCAUGAUUCAAAUUCAGGAAAAUAUGGCUGAACAAAAGAAUAUAAAGGAUAAAUUAGAGAAUGAGCAAGAAAAGCUUCAUGUAGAAUAUAACAAGCUGUGCGAAUCCUUAGAAGAAUUACAAAACCUGAAUGGAAAACUUCGAAGUGAAGGACAAGGAAUAUGGGCCUUGCUAGGCCGAAUCACAGGGCAGAAGUUGAACAUACCAGCGAUUUUGCGAGCACCCAAGGAGAGAAAACCAAGUAAAAAAGAAGGAGGCACACAAAAGACAUCUACUCUUCCUACAGUCCUGUAUAGUUGUGGAAUUUGUAAGAAGAACCAUGACCAACAUCUUCUUUUAUUGUGUGAUACCUGCAAACUCCAUUACCAUCUUGGAUGUCUGGAUCCUCCUCUUACUAGGAUGCCAAGAAAGACUAAGAACAGUUAUUGGCAGUGCUCAGAAUGUGACCAGGCAGGGAGCAGUGAUAUGGAAGCAGACAUGGCUAUGGAAACCUUACCAGAUGGGACCAAACGAUCACGGAGGCAAAUUAAGGAACCAGUGAAAUUUGUUCCACAGGAUGUUCCACCAGAACCCAAGAAGAUUCCAAUAAGAAACACGAGAACCAGAGGACGAAAACGAAGCUUUGUUCCUGAGGAAGAAAAACAUGAGGAAAGAGUUCCUAGAGAAAGAAGACAAAGGCAGUCUGUGCUACAAAAGAAGCCCAAGGCUGAAGAUUUAAGAACUGAAUGUGCAACUUGCAGAGGAACUGGUGACAAUGAAAAUCUUGUCAGAUUUUGAUAGACUUCUCCAAUGAAAACAUCUAGACCUGGGAUUUUUAUGGAAAAUUUAAAAUAAUUAACUCAAUUUCUUAGAAAAAUUAUACCUUUCAAAAGAAAACUAUUGAGUUUUUUCUCCUUCAUCUUACAUCAGUUUUGGUAAGUUUUUGGUUUUGGAGGAAGUUCUUCCUUUGAUCCAAGUUGUCAGCUACUCCUUUGCUAUAUGUCAGCAACAUUGUCUUUACCUUAGUCAUGCUCCUCUCUUGUGUAUAUCCUACAACUAUUUGCUUAAGAUUUUUCUGCUUCCUGCAACAUUUUGGAGCAUGUUUUCUUCUUUCUUGUAAGACUUUGUCACUUUACUUCUUUCAAGUACCUUUCCUUAUCUGUGUUGCCCAUAUAGGUCUUCUUGCUUUGAUUGCAUUUGGAACCCUCAUAGAUCCCACAUCAUCUUGUCAUCCAUAUAUUCAUAAAUUGUGUCGGUAUUGUCUGUGAAUCAGUUUUACUCUUUUCUACUAUCUAACAGCAGGGUCUGGGUCUUUAUUCCUGAUAGCUGUGUAGUUCUGCAUAGCACAUGUAGUCAACUCAAAAUAAAUGCUUGUUAAAUUAUGUUACUGAUGAAUUGCUAUAUCUGUACAUAUUUACAAUGCUAUACAAUUGAAAUCCUUUAUAAUCUCUUCAAAUUUAGUAUUUUAGUAACUUACUGUUUUUUUACUUUUAGAAACUUAAAAACUCAAAAUUAGGAACAGACUUUAAGAUAGUAUAUACUUAUUAUAAGCAAAAAAGUGGCAACAAGUAAGAAGAUUUCUGUUUUUAUUUUAGGAGAGGACCUUACAACUGAAGUCUAACAAACCAGCUCUUAUAUUCAGAUAGUAUGUGAUACUCCAAGUUCCUACUACCUGUGUUUGUUUAUUUGAUCACAAGCUCCUGUGUGAAAACUUUCAGGUUACUCUGUAACCUGAAUUAUAUAGAAUGUGAUUACUUUUCUUAAUUAAGCAUCUUAGAAUGGAAGCCAGUUUUAUAUUGCUUUGUCUCUCAUUUAGCUAGGGUAGUAGAAAACAAAUUCAACACAAUUGCUUUGCUUCCUUUUACAAAUAUGAAAUUGUUUAGUUUAAAGAACUCCAUUUAAAUCUGAUUUUCAUCCCAUAAAGUUCCACUCAUUUGAACUGUGGAGCUUAAUGACUUUUAGUAAAUUUAUGGUGUUGUUCAGCUAUUCCUCCCAUCUAGUUUUAGAGUAUUCCUACCACUUUACACAGUGCUGUACCUGUUUAUAGUUUUAGCCCUUUCUCCAGUUCUGAUAGUCACUGCAGACAUUCCUUUAUCAUCUGAUUUUUCACAGCCUAUUCCUUUCCUGACCCACUUUUUUAUUCUGAGUGGUCAUAUGGUGUGGUUGCCUUCUAUUUAUAAUGUAGACAUGCUUCUGAUUAUGUAUGAAUUAGAUUUUUUUCCAAAAAUUCUUUUAUGCUAUAAGUUGUUUUCUAAUAAAAUGCUAAAGGGACUCUUUUAUAUAAUGUGAAAAAAGUUUUCCCAUUU